AUGAAAGGUCCCGAUCUCUUGAACAGUAUGGUCGGAGUGCUCUUGAGAUUUAGGGAAAAUGAAGUGGCCUUGUGUGGGGAUAUUUCCAAGAUGUACCAUCGUGUGUCAAUCCCUGAGAGAGAUCAACAUGUCCAUAGGUUCUUAUGGAGAGACAUGGAUGGAAACAGAGAACCUGAUGUCUACAUGAUGAAGGUUGUCACUUUCGGUGACAAACCAGCCCCUGCAAUCGCCCAGAUUGCUCUGAAGCUUACAGCAGAACAAGGAGAGUGUACACAUCCUCAUGCUGCUUCUGUUUUGAAAAGGAAUGUGUAUAUGGAUGACAUAUGCGACUCUGUACAGACUGUAGAUGAAGCCAGGAAACUAAGUGCAGAGAUAGAUGAAGUGUUAAAUGACGGAGGCUUCAAAGUCAAAGGGUGGAUUUCCAAUGAAUCUGAUGUGGGAGACCUCACCCAAGGAAAGAUGAAAUUACUAGAUGACAUAGCUGAGGAGAAGGUCCUAGGAGUAGUUUGGGACAGAGAAAAUGACACCUUCUCUUACAAAGUAAAGCUGAGAGACAGUGUACUGAAUUCAAGAUUAGAUGGAGAGAGUCAAGAAAGAUUAACCAAGAGGAAAAUCCUAGGUCAAAUCGCCCACAUAUAUGAUCCCCUAGGAUUUGCUGCCCCAGUGAUUGUAAGAGCCAAGAUAGGGAUGCAGAAAUUGUGGCAAAGAGGCUACAACUGGGACGAUCCUCUUACUGAAGAAGAAGAUGCGGACUGGAGGCUUCUGUUCGAGGAAAUGAAAGGAUUGAAUGAAGUAUCUCUCGAAAGAUGUCUAACACCUCCUGAAGCUCAAGGUAAACCAGUGUUGUGCAUUUUCUCUGAUGCAUCAGAAAAUGCUUAUGGUGCAUGUGCGUAUCUAAGGUGGCAAACCGGAGAUGGCAAGUUCGAGACUCGCUUUGUUGCAUCCAAGUCAAAGGUAGCACCAUUAAAGACAUUGACAAUACCCAGAUUGGAGCUACAGGCUGCCGUGUUAGCUGCCAGACUGUACAAGUCGAUCACUGAAGAGAUGAGAUUAGAAGUUGAGAAAGUAAUGUUCUUCUCGGACAGCAUGAUAACUCUACAGUGGAUCAAGUCUUCGGCCAGGAUAUAUAAGCCUUUUGUGUCAAGCAGAAUAGGGGAGAUUCAGACUCUCACUGACCCCUCAAGCUGGAAACAUAUACCUGGUGAAGAUAACACAGCAGACAAAGUGUCAAGAGGAAUCGCAGUAAACGACCUUAUGAAAGAAUGGAAGUGCGGUCCUAGAUUCCUGCAUCUCGAAACAGAGUGGCCAGUAGACAAGGUGAAUAUUGACCAGUGUCUUGAGAAUCUAGAGAGACGAAAGAUUAAUCAGACAGUGUUAGUUGUCAACAGCACAUCAAUUGCCCCCAUCGAAUCUGAACAUUUCUCAAGUUGGCGAAAGUUAGUCAGAGUGACUGCCUACGUUCUCAGAUUUGUACGGAUUCUCAAGUCAAAGCUCAAGAAAGAAUCCAUGCCAGAAGCUGAUGUGACAUUAGCCCCAGCAGAGUUGGAGAAAGCUGAGCUAUAUUGGACAAAGGAAGCGCAAAAGGGUCUGAAAAGCAGAUUUGAGAGAGGAGAGUUCAGAACCCUUACUCCUUUCAUUGAUAACGAAGGAGUAAUCAGAGUAGGAGGAAGAGUUGAGAACUUAGUGACAUCAUAUGAAUCUAGACAUCCAGCUCUACUCCCAGGUUCCCAUCACAUAGCUCUACUUUUCACACGUCACGUUCAUGAGAUUGGACACCCAGGUGUUGAGACGACAACCGCCAAGGCGAGACGCAAGUUUUGGAUCUUACAAGGACAUCGUUUGGCGAAACCGUCAAGCAUCGCUGUGUUAAAUGCAGGUCAACAGAAUGCAAGCGUGAGACCCAGAAGAUGCUGA